CAUUACUGUGGUAAAAGAAAGCAGUGAUGUUUUAAAUUUAAGUCGGUUAUGGAGGAAGACAAAGACUUCUCUUUUUCAGGGAAACCAGCUGUAAUGGAGGCUAAUCUGAGAGAUGAUAACUUUUGGAAGCUAAUUACAGACUUCAAUGGACCUCAGACAGGGGAGGGAUUAGCACUUCAUGAAGCACCAUGUAAAAACAGACUUCUCAUUCAAGUAGGACUUAUGAGAGAGGACAGUAAUCUGUCUUGGAAAGCUGUGGUAGAAUGGCUUCAGAAGAUUUUCCCAAAGCAUCAGUCUGCUGAUUUCCGUUGUUUGAUUGAAACGGGCAUCGCAACAACAUUGAGUCUAGGAAGUGACGCAAGGCUGACCUUCUUGGAAUCAGAUGUGAACUUUAAUUUUGUUGGCCCAAUAUGUGACAGCAUUGGAGUUGAAAGAGCAGAUCUGUUGGAGAUGAGAGAUUUUUCAGAGCAAGCAAAGUCCAUCGAAGUAACAUAUGGUUUGAUUGUUGAGUUGAGUAACUUUGCUGUGAGGGAAAAAAUUGACCCUGUGAAUUUAGUGGCUUGGCUUAAAAAUUUUAAUCCUGAGUUUUGCAGGGAUGGGGAUGUUCAGAGAGCAUACAAAACCCUUACCUCUCAGAUGAGAAAAUUAAAACUUUAUCAUCACAAUCAUGCAACAAGAAGUCACAGGAGGAACACUGCAAAGGAAAACCUGCUUCAAAGUCCUUUUGAUCUGGUACCACAAAAAGUUGAAAUGCGGAGAUUUGGUGCCAAAAAACGCAUGAAAAAAGACACUUUGUUAGGUUGUGAAAAAGUGAGAGAUAAUGAGGAAAAUGAAAGUUUUGACAUUAUGUAUGAUGAAGACAAAUCCUGCUCUCACCUUGACCCACAUAAAAUGAUAAUUGUGAAAAGUGAAAAUAUCUCUUCAAGUGAAGAAAAUGAUGAAGAUGCUGAUAAAUCCAGUGAUUGGGAAGAAACCGCUCCAGACGACAAAGGAGAUGCUUUAACACUGCUUGACAUUGCUAUUCUUUCUGUCCAAAAGCUGACAUGUGUUUAUGGUAAGCGAACUGAUGCUUCCAAGCAAGUUUCCAUGGAUCUUCUCAAAAACCAAUUCACUCUCACAUGCAAAGAACAUCCUGACAUGAUGGAAUUUCAGUUAAAACUUGCAUCCCUUCCUGAAGACAUCUUAUUGGCAUCUCCAUUGGAUUUCUUACACUACAAUGCUUAUUUCUUUGUUGACAUGUACAAUGCAAUUGAACAGCAACUGAUUAGCUUGGAAGGGGAGCUCAUAAAGUUCACUGGGGAACCAUUAGGCCGCGAUAAAAUUCCAAAAUUCAAGAGCUUUGUGAACUUCUCUGAAAGUGCCACCUCACGAUACAUUCACAUGGCAUGUGAUAUCUUAAAUCCUAAGGCUUCUGCUAAGCAAAACUACAGAAAGCACUGGGUUGCUUUUUGUGAGGAAAAGCAAAAUCCCUCCAAACUCUCAGUUAGUUUAUCAAACCGAUUGAUUGACUACUUUGAAGCUGCCGCAGGUCUUAUUCACCAUCACAAUGAGAUUGCCCUCUUCUUCUCGGACCUGCUGUUAAUGAACGAUGAUGACUGCCAGGAUAUCAUCCUGGAGAGUAUUAGCGCUGAUUCAACAGACAAUGUAAUACAGAGCCUUGUAUGUGUUUUGGCCCUCAUUUAUUGCAAAAUACUGGGUCCUUACUUGCAACUUAUGAAAAGUGAAGGAGAAUAUACACACUAUGGCAAAUAUAUGCUGUUUCUUUACCAAAGACUCCUUGAGUGGUCCAAAGAUCCUUCAACAUUCUUGGAACCUGAGGAGUCUGUAAAUGCCUUUCUGCAGGUUCCCCUGCAAGAGAAAACUUUUGAUAAGAUAUUCCAUUACUGUGGUCACUGGCACACAAACAGGGACCUAAUCAGAGCAUCUUUGAAAAAGAUUUUAAAAGCGAUUGCUGCAGUUACUGAGGAAAACCUGGGGGAUUUUCUGCCAGGAGGAAAAUAUUCCCAAAGCCCCCCACCAGACAUAUGCUUACAAAUGGCAAACUGCAAAUUUGUUGUCUUAAUGGGGAAGUACCCAUCUAAUCGUAGAAGCCCAUACAAAAGGAAAAGACCAAACAAUGCCUCCAAACACCCUUAUGAUUUCUCACCGACAUGUAGCUCAGAGGAUGAUGAUGACUUAUCUAUUUCAUCUGAUGAUGUUUUUGAGGAAUCAUCCCAUAGGCAAGCUAAGAAGAAUGUUCUCCGUAGCCCAAAAAGAAAGAAAUCUCCUCACUCCAGAAAAGUGCAGAAACUAAGUGAAGCCCACAAGAAACUGGAGGUUGGAGAAAUUGCCCAGAGACAUGAUACAAAUGAAACUCAGCACAUAGUUGAGAACACUGACAGAAAAUACAUAAUGGCCACAGUAAGUAGAAAUGGAGGGCCUUGCAAGACACAGCAAGAUGUUGACAAGCUGCUACUGCGUUUUGAUGGGAAAACUCGUGCUGCCAGACGGGAAGCACUACGUUGUGAGAUAUUAUACCAGAAAAUGUUCCUUGACAACAAUGACCCAAACUUAGAACCAAUCGGCCAUAACUCCGAGAUGACUUACCGACUGAAACUUGCGCUUCCCCGGGUGAAACCUGGUUACAGUUUUGUCCUUGCACCGAGGCUGACAAAAUCAAAACCCAUCCCUGUACAGAUACCAGAGGCUGAAAUGGGUCAGAUUGUAAAUGAUACUAAGGAGUUAAUGAGCAAUGAUAAAUGACUUUCAGUCCAAAUAGACAUGUGACACUUGCCAGUAUGAUUAUGUAUUCAUGGGCUAAGCAAGCUCUGUGACCUCAAUGAUCUCAGCCAUCUGAAAAGGAACUAUGAUUUGUGCUGUACAUGUCCCUGAUUUAAUUAAUGAAAAAUGUUUGGUUUUUUACUUGUUUGAAUAAAAGAAAUUGGGCAAUGAAAAUUU